CAGCCGAAGAACCAGUAGCUUAUGUUGUCCGAUCCCAACUAGAACUGAAACUCCGUGUCUCCCGUUUUAAUAUUAUCAAGGAUUACUGCAAGAUCAAAGCUUUAAAAGUUUCACAAUUAAUGAAUCGAAUUGAAGUGAAUGUUGAGUGAAACUCGAGCGCGCGUGUAGCAAGUGAUAUUGUCCUACCGGAAGUUCGGGCAAUAGUAAACGUACGUGAUGCCCAUCUUUAAACGAAUCAUGUGAUUGUGCCCUGCGAUACUGCGCUGCUGCCGCUCCGUAGCCCCCAAUUUGACUUGUCUCCAUUUCUCACUGGACAUACUAUAGACCGUCUGUAACUUUUCAUCGUGUGGUCAAACGACGCUCGGAACUCACUGGCGACAGACUUUCAAGUCAACAUGGAUAACGCACCCACAGUGGAAAGUCGCAAACGCCAUUUGUCUGAAGGAGAAGACAUUUCUGGUCAGCAAGACACACGUCGAGUUCGAUCUCUUUUAGAGGUAGCUGAUCACGGAUUGAACCCUCAUCGAACCGCUUAUCAGGCAGCUCCAGGUGGACAGCAGGGACCAGGGGCUUUAGCUGUGGCUUUGGUUCGUCCAUUCGCUUGCGAAGAGACUAGUCGGCUUCAUCGUCCUCCAUCACCACCGGAAUCCGAUUGCAGCAGUGACAAUUCCGACGAAGAAGACGAUUCGGAAGAUGAUGAGAUUGGUCAUGGUGACGCCACUUUGGCAGGUUACGAGUAUUGCAGCAAAGAGGCGAUCCGCUAUCUCAUGGAAGAAGAAAAACUGAAUGCCGACCAUCCAGUUAUCCAGCAAUUGCAGCAGCACCUGGACAGCCGCCGAUCUCACGUCGCUAGUAAUCCCGGCCCGUCGUCGAAUAACGUGAUUCCGUGAACACCAUCAUGGCUGACUCUCUUCCAUGACUUGUAUGGGUAUCAGGAAAGAUCUGCAGAGUUUCAGUUCAGUUGCAGAUCUUUUUCGGAAAUGUCAUACGUCGCUGACGACGACCAGUGCAAUUUUUACAACGAAAAGAAAAAAGCAGGAAAAAAGAAUUGAAACAAUUGUUCCUUAUUUUGAACGUUUAAUUUCGUUUCACUUUUAAUUACCUAAUUUUGAAAUCUUUUGUGACCGACAGCCUUUUCUAGUCAUUUUUCAAACCCUACCUUCUUCCAAACUGGCAAUACAAAUCAUUUGUGUUUUA